AUGAGAUUUAGUUUGCUCAUUGGAACAGUGAUCGGUAUAUGUUUAUCAAAUUUCGCAGUGACAGUUACUUUCAAGUUUACAAACGUAAUCUGUUUGAGCUAUAAUGAAUCCUGGUAUGUGUUUCACACCUGCCGGCUGAAGGCCGUAAGCAGAAGCAGAGUGUUUCUAAAUUUAAACGGAACUAUACUGCAUAAGGUCAAUAUGAUUCACGCCCACUACAAAAUGUUCAAAAGAGAAAGUGGCUACAAACCCUGGCUGAUAGACAACAAAAUUGAUUGCUGUCAGUUUUUUCGCAGAAACUAUGACCCGUUUUAUAAAAUAAUAAAUAGUUUCUUUAAACCGUUCUCCAAUCUCAACCACUCGUGUCCCUACGAGGGCCCAACAAUUCUUAAGGAUUUUUAUCUGAAGCCUGAACUAUUACUUCUCCCCCUUCCAACAGGAGAUUAUAUGUUAUCCAUUAGAUGGUUCUAUAACCAGAGGCUUCAAUAUGACACCAACGUUAGUUUUUCGUUCGUCGAAGAUCUUAGAACUGGAAAGUAG